AUGAUAGUAGCAGUUUUGCUUCUCGUGAGCGCAGUGUCUGGGAUACCAGUGGAGCUCCCGAAGAGUGUCGAGAAAUGCGGUUAUGAGAGUUGUACACAAGCGGAGCCGGGGGUGCUAAACGUACACAUAGUCCCACACACACACGACGAUGUAGGCUGGCUUAAAACUGUCGAUCAAUAUUAUUUUGGUAGUCGAAACAACAUUCAAAAGGCGGGGGUACAGUAUAUUUUAGACUCAGUCGUAAAAGAGCUGUGGCAGGAUCCUAAGAGACGUUUCAUCUACGUUGAGACAGCGUUCUUCUGGAAAUGGUGGGUCCGCCAGGGGGAUGACGUACGUCACAAGGUUCAUACCAUGGUGAGGCAGGGGAGGCUGCAAUUCGUAGGCGGUGCGUGGAGUAUGAAUGAUGAGGCCGCUUCGCAUUAUCAGAGCACCAUUGAUCAGUUCACACGGGGUUUGAGAAAACUAAAUGAGACUUUUGGAGUAUGUGGUAUACCAAGGGUGGGUUGGCAAAUAGAUCCGUUUGGUCAUUCACGGGAGUUCGCAUCACUUUUAGCCGGUAUGGGCUAUGAUGGGCUGUUUCUCGGCCGUAUUGACUACCAGGACAAAAGGACAAGACUGAACAAUAAGGAGAUGGAAAUGAUUUGGAGAGGGGAUGACAAUUUAGGUGCAUCAUCAGACAUCUUCACUGGUGUCCUAUACAAUACAUAUUCGCCGCCGCCUGGCUUUUGUUUCGACGUUCUUUGCGAUGAUGAACCCAUCAUUGAUGACCCACAUUCACCGAUGUACAAUGUUGAUGAACGGGUUGACAAAUUCUUGGCGAUAUCAAAAAAUAUGUCAAAAAGAUAUAGAACAAAUAAUAUACUUAUAACAAUGGGCGAAGAUUUUCACUAUCAAGACGCUGAGAUGUGGUUUCACAACUUAGAUAAACUUAUCCAGUGA